AUGAGCGACCCACUCAUGUGCCAGGAGCAAACUGCGAUUGCGCAAACCUUCAAUGAAGAGCGGUUUCAGGAGUGGGAGGACAGACUGAAACAUGAGCGCGCCAGGGCGAAGGUUGACGAGCAGAAGCAGAUCAUUGUUGCAGCAGACAUCGCUCAGGCAGUGGUCUUUGCAGACGAGGCGCCGUUUCUCUUCCGCUUGCAGAAAGUUAUGGGCCGCACAAGUCGAGGCAGCUCCAGGAGCAGAAGCCGAGGAGGUGACAACGGGAGCACGUCAGAUGGAAGUAGCGACAGCGAGGCCGAGUCCUACUCUGUCUCCAGCAGCCAGGAUGGGAUGUUGGAUGAGGCGCCCGACCCCGUCCGGAAAGACUUGCAGGGCUUCUGCCCCUACCUGCACGAGCUGCCUGCAGCAUUUACCACCUUCUGGCAUCAGCUUCACGGGGCAGCCCUUCUGGUCGAGCAGCGUGUUCAACUGGAGGAAACAUCUCGGGAGGGCACCGCCAGAGGGCUUUGCCUGCAGCUGGCCUUGUUUCGUCAAGUGGUCUCGGGAACAGCCGGCCUUCCUUUCCCGCAAGCGGCGAACAGCUGCCCAACUUUGAUUUCUAGCUACUUCGAAUGGGCGAGCGAGCUGGCAGUGCAGGCUGGACAGCCGCGGCGCGGGCGUGCGUUGUUGCAGCUUGGGGCGCCGAUCCGCACCAUGGCCCUCUCGCGAGCACUCUUCCGGCCGGAUGAGACAAGGGCAGGAAAGGAAGCUCAGAGUACACUUUCCGCGAAGUAUGCUUCGAAGCUCCGCGAUCUACACAUGAAGUAUGGUCUGGAAGAGAAAGAGUGGCAAAUCGUCGACACAGACCAUCAGAACUGGGUGGCUGUACACUCCCUCUGUGACUCGAACUUUGCCGGGGGAAAUUUGGAAAACGUGACUUCUGGCAUAACCGAGCGCAAUCACAAGUCUUAUGCUGAGAGGUGGGGUUAUGAGUACACCAUGCAUACGCAAACUCCCUUGGCAGAACAGGAGCCCCAGUUCGGAAAGCUUCAGAUUGCGAUCGAUGUGCUCAGUAGCGAGAAGCCUCCGGACUGGUUCCUGUGGCUAGACUGCGAUGCUUUGGUGACAAACCGCUCGAUCUCUGUGGAGUCCUUGCUCCGGACUUAUCAGCUCUCCGAAAAAGACUUCGUGGUGGCGGAGGAGGUCUCCGGCAUCAACUCCGGCGUGUUUCUGGUAAGAGGCGGCGCAGAAAGGCGAGGCCUACGCUUUCUGGAAGAGGCUAUGCAAAGCGACUGGCGCUUCGUCUGGGACCAGACCAUGCUUCUACGGCAGAUGGCGCAAGAGUCAGACCUCUUCGGUGCUACGAUGUGCUCUGACUUUGCAGAGGACUUCCGCUGGGCACCUCACUUCGGCCUGGUGCCUCAGCAUGCCAUGAAUCUGUACGGCGAAGGCUCUGCGCUGCAAUGGGGCGCUUCUGCUUGGAAGCCGGGGGAUUUCAUCUUGCAUUUGGCCGGAUGCCCAUUGACAGAAUCCGAAUGCCACGGAACCUUCGAGGAAACCGACUCAAAGGGCCCAUGCUGGCAGGAGCCGGCUUGCAUGCUGUGUGUGGAGGAGAAGGCGGAGAAGGCCGGUGCAGAGCUUUCUGGCCGCGACAAAGCCCUGGAUGAAAGCGCGAAGCAGGAAGCGCUGCAAGCGCACUUGAGAUGGCUGGAAGAGAGCCGCGCAAAGCUGCAGGAGAAGCUGAAGGCUCACACAGAGCAAGAGUUGGCUGAGAAAGAUCCCCCGAUGGAGGAUGGUCCACCUGACAUAACACCCGUAUACAUUUAA